GCGGCAGUAGCCGCCGCCAUGACGGCAGGGUCGCGCGCACCCCUGUUAGCCAUCGCUUUGUUUGCAGCACUUUAUUCAGGAUGGUGCUCAGAGGACGAAGAGCGACUAGUCCGGGACCUGUUCCGAGGUUACAAUAAGCUCAUCCGACCUGUACAAAAUAUGACACAAAAAGUCGAUGUUCGAUUUGGUUUAGCCUUUGUGCAGCUCAUUAAUGUCAACGAAAAAAACCAAAUCAUGAAAUCCAACGUUUGGUUACGACUCGUUUGGAUGGAUUACCAGCUCAUGUGGGACGAGGCUGAUUAUGGAGGCAUAGGCGUGCUAAGACUUCCCCCUGACAAAGUUUGGAAGCCGGACAUUGUGCUCUUUAACAACGCUGAUGGCAAUUAUGAAGUACGAUAUAAGUCUAAUGUCCUGAUUUAUCCCAACGGAGAGGUACUGUGGGUUCCACCAGCCAUUUACCAGAGCUCAUGUACCAUUGACGUAACCUAUUUCCCAUUUGACCAACAAACAUGUAUCAUGAAAUUUGGAUCGUGGACUUUUAAUGGUGAUCAAGUAUCGCUUGCAUUGUACAAUAACAAAAACUUCGUUGAUCUGUCAGAUUAUUGGAAAUCUGGUACUUGGGACAUCAUCGAAGUACCAGCGUAUUUGAAUAUAUAUGAAGGCAACCACCCUACUGAAACGGAUAUAACCUUUUAUAUAAUUAUUAGACGGAAAACUUUAUUUUAUACCGUGAACUUAAUUUUACCAACUGUUUUGAUAUCAUUCCUUUGCGUCCUGGUCUUCUACUUACCCGCUGAAGCUGGUGAAAAAGUUACAUUAGGCAUAAGCAUUUUGCUGUCACUGGUCGUAUUUCUACUUCUGGUGUCAAAAAUUCUGCCGCCGACAUCUCUAGUACUGCCACUCAUCGCAAAAUAUCUUCUGUUUACAUUUAUAAUGAAUACCGUCAGUAUUCUUGUCACUGUCAUCAUUAUUAACUGGAAUUUCAGAGGACCUAGGACACAUCGAAUGCCGCUUUGGAUCCGAAGCGUAUUUUUGCACUAUUUACCAGCGGCUCUACUUAUGCGUCGACCACGUAAAACACGUCUGCGUUGGAUGAUGGAAAUGCCAGGAAUGGGAGCCCCACCCCAUGCAGCGGCUCCUCACGAUUUACCGAAACAUAUAAGUGCGAUCGGAGCUAAACAAAGUAAAAUGGAGGCAAUGGAACUAUCCGAUCUUCAUCAUCCUAACUGCAAAAUAAAUCGAGCAUCUGGUGGAGUGGGCGAAGUUGGCGCACUAGGAGGGCUAGGAGCCCUUGGCGGUCUUGGACUUGGUGAAAGAAGAGAAUCCGAAAGUUCUGAUUCUUUACUUUUGUCUCCGGAAGCAGCUAAAGCUACCGAAGCCGUAGAAUUUAUAGCCGAACACUUACGAAAUGAAGAUCUUUAUAUUCAGACACGAGAAGAUUGGAAGUACGUAGCUAUGGUGAUCGACAGACUGCAGCUUUACAUUUUCUUUUUCGUAACUACUGCUGGGACCGUAGGGAUUUUGAUGGAUGCGCCGCAUAUCUUUGAAUAUGUCGAUCAAGAUAGGAUUAUCGAAAUAUACAGAGGAAAAUAAGCUAUUACUGCACAUUUAUUGAUUGGAAUAAUGAUAGAAAUAUGAUUUACUUUCUCUUCGUCUUUCAGAAACAAUUAUUGUCUAUUUCAAACAUUUAAUUAUUAUAAUAUAAUACGAAAUACGACUUAGCGUACUAGAUACUGCUUUUGACAUCAUGUUUCAAGGCAGUUUGCAAAAUUGAGGCUUAAAUAAAUACAUAGUAAUAAAAUAAUUAUUAAAUGUUAUACGUUACAAUGUUUAACGUUUAUAAUAAGGUCUUCUUGGCUCAUUUAUUGCUCAGCUAAAUAAAACACUCAUAAGUUGAGACAAAACUACUGUAUUAGAAUCUUAGAUUUUAGAGAAUAUGCUAUAACCUUAAUGAAUCGUAGCUUAAUUUAAGAAAUACCUACUGAUAGAAUUAUGAAAUGGCUGUGUUCGAUGUUUAUAAAAGAACAAUAUUAAUGAAAUAAAUGGAUUUUUAUGUAAUUUUGUAUAUCAUCAGCGACUAAAUUCCGUAUUCUUAAGUAAUUACCCUAGGCCCUAAGAUAAUUUAAUCACAAGUAAAUAUUAGAUUAUUAAAUUGAUCACAUUUCAUUCUUCAAUUGAUUGACAUUAAGUAUUUGUAUACUAGCUAAAGUGCCCUUUAAUUGUUUAUUAAUUUUAUAGGAAAUUCAACAAAAAUCAAAAACUUAUACGCUCACUUGAAACUAAUUACUCUAAAGAUUUCUUUAAACAUGUAAAGUAUUAAGAUUUACUUUAAA